AUGGACUAUACAAGAUUCAAUCAAGCAGAACAAAUAGAAAUCAACAAUUUGUUGGAACAAAAACAAAUGGACGACUUUGUCAACAUGUUUACUAACCUGGUCGACCGCUGCUUUAGACAAUGUGCUAAUGACUUUACAACAAAGGCUGUUACUGGAAGAGAAGCUAAAUGUGUUGAGCAAUGUGCAGAUAAAUUCUUAAAGCACUCUCAACUGGUUGCUACUCGCUUUUCUGAACUGAGUCAAACACUACUUAACCCAGCAAGUCAACAACAUCAAUACCAAUAA